GCUAAGAGGUUCCCAAAAGUACUUGUUAAUUUUACGUGUCUACUUGAUUGCAUACGUGCAAGUACGUAUUAUAGAUAUGGAUUCCACAUAGUCAAGUCGUCAUAUUGGUUCGUGCCGAAUCCAUCAAUAACCAAGGAGUUGUUCAGUUCACUGAGAAAAGAUCUUAAGUUCCCCGAGAAGAUUGGUUCGCAGGCUGUAAAGACAGUGCGGGACCUGACGAUUGGCUACGACAACUCGCAACCGGGAAACAAACCUGUACUACCGCUUUCGACGUCUUCCGAAAUGAUCACGUUCAAUCUAGCUAAUGGAAGCAUCGUAACCCUUCGUGCGUCGGGUACAGAGCCAAAAAUCAAGUAUUAUAUAGAAUUGAAAACGGCUCCUGGAAGAAAGGAGAGCGACAUGGCAGAUGUUUUGAAGGAACUUGAUGAGCUUGAAAAAAAUGUCAUCGAAACCCUACUUCGACCGAAACAGUUCGGCCUGAUUCCGCGGAAGUAG